AUGUCCAUGUCCAUGUCGAUGCAGAGCAGUGUCGGGGAGUCGCAGGCUCCCAUGCUGCUGCAGGCACGGCUGGAGGACGCCAAGCUCAUGACGAAAUUGCUCAAGGCGAUUGCGUUUACGCACGAGGCCACCUGCACCAUCUUGGGCGCAGGCAUCAAGUUUGCGUGUGAACAAGCCAAGACGGUGCAAGCGCGCGCUUUUCUCCACAAGGACCUCUUCUCAGACUACAGGUUCACACCAGAAGAAGAGGACAUGGACGUGGCCGAAUUUAAAGUCAACCUCAGCGUACUCUUGGAGUGCCUGAGCAUCUUUGGCCAAGGGGACGGCGUGGCGUUGCGGCUCUCUUACGCAGGAUAUGGCAGCUGUCUCAACCUCCUGUUGGAGGAACAUGGGGUGGUGACAGACUGCAGCAUUCGAACCCAGGAAGCAGAUGAGUUUGCCUCUAUUGACAUGCGAACAGCAGCCAUCCCCACAAAUGUCAUCAUGAAGAGCGAUUGGUUGGCAGAGGUGUUCUCAGAGCUCGACACGACCAGCACCGUCAUUGAGUUCUACGUCGCCCCCACCGCCCCGCACUUUCGUCUCAGCACCUUUGGAACCGCGGGCACAAGCCAGAUUGACUGCCCAAAGACAUCAGACAAAGUCGAAUCCUUCCAGUGCGACAAGCCCCUCAAGUUCAACUACAAGCUGAAGUUGUUGAAACCGUCAGAGAAGGCGCUCGCCCUCGCGUCGCAAGUCUCGGUGCGGAUCAACGAGGAAGGCAUAUUGUCCAUGCAGUUUCUUGUGGAGACAGACGUCCAAUCCGUCUUUAUCGAAUAUCUCUGCUUGCCAGACAACUGA